AUGGAAGAGGAAACAAGUGAUGGGUUAAAUCCAGUGAAUGCAGAUGAUGCUACAUGGAUUUUAACAGCAUCGUUCGUCAUCUUUACAAUGCAGACUGGUUUCGGUCUUUUGGAAUCAGGAGCUGUAUCAAAAAAGAAUGAAGUAAACAUUCUAAUGAAGAAUGCUGUUGACGUUAUUCUGGGUGGACUGUCUUACUGGAUGUUUGGCUACGGUCUUCAGUAUGGUCAAGGUCCUGGCACAUCAGCCUUUUGUGGAGUCGGGUCGUUUCUAGUCGACACCACCGAGGAAGAUAGUGGAGUAUUUGCCACGUUCAUUUUCCAAUUGUCUUUUGCCACCACCGCUACAACAAUCGUCUCUGGGGCAAUGGCGGAACGAGCGAAUUUUAAUGCCUACAUCAUCUUCUCGUUUGUGAACACUAUCACAUACUGCAUUCCAGCGGGGUGGAUGUGGGGGCAGCACGGAUUUUUGAAGAAGAUGGGAGCUAUCGACUUUGCUGGCUCUUGUGCAGUUCAUCUGACAGGUGGUUCUUCAGCGCUCGUUGCAGCGAUAAUGCUCAAGCCUCGGUUGCAUCGAUAUGACGAAGGAACAGAUUCUUUGGCGAUGGGAGAUCCUGGAAAUGCCAUAAUGGGAUUAUUCACUUUGUGGUGGGGAUGGCUGGUAUUCAACACUGGAAGUAGCUUUGGAAUAACUGGAAAUAAAUGGCAGUAUUCUGGCAGAGCGGCUAUCAAUACAAUAAAUGCAUCACUUGGUGGCGGAAUGGCGGCACUCUUAAUCACUUACUUAAAGAACCGUAUAUAUGGAGUAAGUGACACUGUCAAUGGAAUUUUAGGUGCAUUAGUUGGAGUCACUGCCGGAUCGGCUUUCUUGAGACCGUGGGAAUCUAUAGUGGUUGGUGCUGUGUGCGCAAUAGUUGUCAACGAAGCCACUCCCUUCCUCGAUAAAAUGAACGUGGACGAUCCAGUGGGAGCCGUCGCUGUCCAUGGAGUGGGAGGAAUCUUGGGCAUGACAGCUGUGGGCCUCUUCGUCGAAGCAGAUCCUUUGCUGAAUAUGACUGGAGGAUUGAAUGGAUUGUUUAAAGGAGGAGGAUUCUAUUUCUUGUUUGUGCAGUUGUUUGCAUGUGUAUGCACAGCAACAUGGAGUAUGUCAACGACAUUUAUACUGCUAAAAACUAUCAAUUACAUCACUCCUAUUCGCCUGUCAGAAGCUCAAGAGCUUUUGGGUGCCGACUACAACGAACAUGGCAUCCGGCACAAUGGGUACGACUACAAUGGCAUGAUCGAUCAUCUGAGAAGACAAGGCUACAAACUCCAUUCAUGCCAAUCGUUUACACCUCCACGAAGCGAAUGGGAUGACUAUUUAAUGGAUAAAUACCUCAAAAGUCUGAGAGAACAACUGCAGCAGCAGCCUCAAAACGGCCACAGACUUGUCUGGACUGAAACAUCCGAAGGAAGAAGUUUUCAAAAUCGCAUGAGAAAAAAGCUAAAACUUUGUAUUGAAAAUUGUUCAAUUUCUUAA